GUCAUAUUCAUGCUUUAGCAGGAGGAUGUGUGUACGCAUGUGGCUCUCGGUACAUGAGUUUAAUGAAAUUCUGCGAUAAAAACUUAACAUAUCAGCGUUAAUGAAUUAAAGAUGUCUGUGUUUAUGGAUUUAAACAUCAUCAGUAGUCACGAUAAGAACAAACUCACAAGCAUAAUAGAAACCGCUGCUCACCUUGGAUACUCAACAGUGGCAAUAAACUAUGUUAUUGAACCACAAAAGAAGAAACAGGAAAUUCCUAAACCACAGAGUGUAUCAGACAUAUUUGAGAAAUUUCCUAUGGUACAGGGCAAAUCAACACCCAUCAAAGUAUUAAAUCGCUUGACCAUUGUGGCAUCUGAUGCAUCUCAUUUUAGGCCCACAAAUGAAUACAAACUCUUUGACCUUGUGGCUGUGUACCCUAAGACAGAAAAACUUUUUCACGCAGCCUGCAUGACUUUUGAUGUUGACAUCAUCUGCAUUGCAGUAGGUGAAAGGCAGCCCUUCCAUUUUAAAAGAGCUCCAGUUAACGGGGCGAUUGACAGGGGAGUGUUCUUUGACAUAAGUUAUACAGCAGCCAUCAGAGACUCUAGCAUGAGGAGAUAUACCAUUGCUAAUGCCACCUGCCUUAUGGAAGUCUGCAAAGGCAAAAAUAUCAUCAUAUCCAGUGGAGCUGAGAAGUCUCUUGAGAUGAGAGGGCCAUACGACAUUGCCAAUUUAGGGCUUGUGUUUGGCCUGUCUGAGGGAGACGCGAAAGCUGCAGUUUCUACUAACUGCAGAUCUGUCUUGUUGCAUGGAGAGACGAGAGCAACUGCAUCUGGUGUUGUUUACACCAUGAAGAAACCACACACUCUCGAGGAGCAAAUAGAGGACAAACCGGCAUCUAAAAAGGCCAAAACAGAAACAGCAUAGCCAGCAGAGGGCGUUUUUGAAUAUACAUAAGCAUUUUUUCAUCUAAGAUUUUUUUUUCACUUUAUUGCAAUCAUCUUAAAAUAGACAUAUAAUAAACAUAGGGUAACAUUCCUGAUUUAUCUUGCCAACUUGUAAAAUGAUUGCAAGCAAAAUGUACAGAUGAAUUAAACAAAAUACAAAAUUA